AUGAGUGUGAAUCGUUUCGAAUCAAUCAGACAAAAUCUUCACUUCAAUGACAACAGUGCUAUGGUGCCAAGAGGGGAACCAGGUCACGAUCGGCUACACAAACUUAGACCAAUUGUUGAUGCACUUCAGUCAAGGUUCCAGACAAUUCCUUACGAACAAAUGUUGUGUGUCGAUGAACAGUUGUGUGCAACCAAAGCGCAUCACUAUAACAAGCAAUAUAUGCCCAAAAAGCCUCAUAAAUGGGGCUACAAACUUUAUGUAUUAAGUGGGGUUAGUGGCUUUGCAUACAACUUUGAGAUUUACUCAGGGCAAGAGAAUGACCCAGAUUGUAGGCUUCCUGGAGAACCUGAUUUGGGCUCAUGUGCAAAUGUUGUAGUACGCCUUGUUCGUAAUGUUCCUCCAAACCAUCAUCAACUAUAUUUUGAUAAUUUCUACACGACACUACCACUAAUGGUACACUUGGAAAAAAGAAAUAUUCACGCCCUUGGCACUGCACGAAGAGACAGACUACAAAAUGAGAAGCUUCCAUCAAUGGAUGAGCUAAAAGAAUGCCCAAGAGGAUUCUCUGCCGAAACAUGCUUGAAGAUAGAUGAAGUUGAAGUUACUUCUGUGUUGUGGAAAGACAAUAAAUGUGUUACUCUUGUCUCCACGUAUGCAGGAAUUGGGAAACAGACAAAGGUGGCACGCUAUGACAAAAAGAAGAAAGUCAGUCAAGAAGUUGACUGCCCCCAUGUUGUAAAACUGUACAAUAAACACAUGGGUGGCGUGGAUAAAAUAAACUCCAUCAUAGGUCGCUACAAAAUCAAAAUGAGAACCAGAAAGUGGUAUUUGCGGCUUUUCUAUCACCUUAUUGAUGUUACCAUGUGCAACAGUUGGUUGCUGUACGUUAGGGCGUGUGCCCAGAAAGGAGAAAAUUAUGUAAUGCACCUUGCAGAGUUCAGGGAAGAGGUUGCCAUCACUCUUUGUAAACUGGGGAACUCUACCACUCCAAAGAGGGGAAGACCCAGUAAUGAACUGGAGAAUGUGCUCAGGCUAAAGAAAAGGAAGCCCAAUGUUUCGUACAUACCACCAAAGGAAGUUAGAAAGGACGAAGUUGGACAUUGGCCCGUGUGGUCUGAGACCAGGCUCAGAUGCAAACUUCCAAGAUGCAGCAGUAAAACUUUCAUUACCUGUGAAAAAUGCAAACUGUAA